GCUGGUGAGAUUUAGGAUGAUGAUGUGAAUGACGAUGAUGAUCACAAGUGUGUCUGUUCCGGUCCGCUAGCAUGACGGCUAGGCGCUUAGCUCGAUGCUAACGAAGCCGACACAUGGCGGCAGACAGAAAAGCAGCCUCGCGUCACCUCGCCUCCUCCACCCGGGGUCGAACCGUCUGGCCGGGCGGCGGAAGUUGCUCGGCGAGCGGGGACCAAAAAUGCCGCAAAGCCGUGGCCUCAAACUAGUGAAACAUUUGAUCAUUACUCAUCAUUACUUGUGUGUUAAUGGAACUAAUACAAAUGUGUCCACAUGUGUCAAACAAGCAGCAGCACUAUUCAAUCAAAUCUUGAAGUACAUCACAUUUGAUCGUAUUCACUGCUUAAAAUAUGAAAAGGGCAGCACGGCGACCUGAUGGUUAGCACGUCUGCCUCAUAUUUCUGAGUUUUACGACUCGAAUCUGGCCGCCCUGUGGAGUUCACCAUCUCCAAGUCAUAAAAACACUUACUUGGGUUCACUUAAGGUGAACUUGUCCAGUUGGGAAUGCUCGCUUAUGACGCUGGUUGGCAACCAGUCUGUUGAUUGUCAAUAUGUGCCCUAAUAUUUCACUGGCGACCAGUCCAUUGUUUGUCAGCAACUUGCCCUGACAUUGGGUGGCGACCGUUCAAUUUGUCUACAUGAAACUUAAGUGGUGACUAGCCUGGGGGCGGUCAGCUGCCAUAGGCUCAAGCUCAGGGUCGUGAGGACAAACAAAUUCUGUUCGAAAGCCAGUUGAUGAGUUGUGAAGAUAUCCCGUUUGUGUCUUUUUCGACGAGUGAAGAGCAACUUUGAGAGCCGUCCCACCUGUGUUUAGAUGGUGCUCCCGAGCACCGCGUAGUCAGGGGUCCACAUGUUGGAGGAGCAGCAAAGGUGCCAGCCUGGCGGCGGCGAGGAAAGCAUCUCGGAUGCGCCAGACGGCGACACCGAGCCCAGCAUGCUGCUGCAAAAGCUCAAGACAAACAUCUCGAAGAGUGUUCAAACCAAAGUGGACCAGAUCCUGCAAGAUGUUCAACGCUUCUCGGACAACGACAAGCUGUACCUGUACCUCCAGCUGCCGUCGGGCCUCGGCGCCGGCGACAAGAGCGGCGGAGGGGACAGUUUGUUCAACACGUCUGAACAACUUCACACCUGCAACUGGAUCCGCAGCCACCUCGAGGAGCACUCCGACACGUGUCUGCCCAAGCAGGAUGUCUACGAAACGUACAAGCGCUACUGCGAGAACCUGCAGCAUCGUCCGUUGAGCGCCGCCAACUUUGGGAAAAUCAUCCGAGACAUUUUCCCCAACAUUAAAGCCCGACGGCUCGGAGGCCGAGGCCAGUCCAAAUACUGCUACAGUGGAAUCCGGAGGAAGACCGUCCUUAACAUGCCCCUGCUGCCCAACCUCGACCUCAAGAGCGACCCGGCCGAGUUGACGGAGUUGGUGCAGACGUAUAAGCAAGAAGUGACGGAGGCGGCGUGCGAGCUGAUCUGCGAUUGGGCGCAGAAGAUCCUGAAGCGUUCCUUCGACACCGUGGUGGAGAUUGCUCGCUACCUCAUCCAGGAGCACAUCGUCAACCCGCGAUGCAGUCAAGCCGAGCUGGUGGCGUCGGCGGCUCUAGCAGGAGGUCCCGCCAAGCCUCACAAAGUCAUCAAGAAAACUCCCCUGUCCAAAUGCGAGGGGGACGCCCCCGCGGACUCCAAGAAGGACUGCGUGGAAGCCACCUCGUCGUCCGCGUCGAAGCUGCUGGCCGCGGACAAGGCGGCGCCCUCGGCCAAGCCUCUGUCGCUGGAGGCUCCGCCCUCUCCUGCCGUCUCCUCCCUGCGGCCUGCGGUGGAGGCGUACAUGAAGCAGCUUCCCCGAAUCCUCCCUCGUAGCUCCGUCCCAGACAAGACGCCACUGUCGGUGCGUUCGUCGCCGCCCUCGCUGGCGCCCAAAGACACUUCAGUCGCGGGUGGCGCAUCCGGGACGGGCGGACCGGCGAGUGGCGGCGGUGGCGUGAAGGUGAUCGCUAUGGCGACGCUGCCCCAGCAGCAGGGCGGCCCACUGCCUCUCAUGAUCGUUCCUCAGGGCUGUUUGUCCUACGAGCGAGAGAAAACCACACCGCCCGCGUCCGUGCUACACAAAGCACGAGAGGGCGCCGCCAAGCGGCCCCCAGAGGCCACGACCGGCGCUUUGGCCGCCGCUCCGGUCAAACGGAAACGAGGGAGACCGAGGAAACCUCGCCCAGAGGACGCCUCGCCCCCGCCCGCCGCGCCGCCUCAACCGCCGCCCCCGGUGGCACCGCACGGCCCCGUAAUCACAUCGGUGACGGGCGGCGUCAUCCAGAAGGCAUCGUCGUCUACGUCGGCCUCGCAGUCGGUGCUGGAGCUGGUGAUCCGGGAGCCGCCGGGUCUGCUUCUGAGCGCGCUGCCCGCGCCGCCCCCCGCCGCCGCCCAACGGGGCCAGCCGGGAGGCGGCUGUCUGCCGGAGCCCGACCGCCACACCCGGCCACUGCUGCUCUUCCAGAGCGCGGGAAACGCCGGCUGGGAGCUGGCGGCAUCUGGUCGCACGCCCAUGGUGGAAGUCAUCCAGAAGGCACCCAGACCCGGCAACAACAACAACAACAACAAAAACAACAGCAACCUUCCGCUGACUCCUCCCAGAAUGCAGCGUGAGUGCGGCCAAGUGGAACUCAAGCUCAGGCCGGUGGACAGCAACCCGGCGUCGGCGUCUUCUUCGGCUUCUGUGGCCAGAAAGGAGGAGGAGCCGGCGCACAGCCCUAUGGCCGACACCCAAGUUUCCUUCUCUCCCGCCCUGCAUCUGCUCCAGUUAAGCCCCGCCCACACAUCAGCGCCCGCUCCCCCGUGCCUCUCACCCACCACCUUCUCGUGCCCGUCGUCGCCAUCCAGCACCUCGUCGUCAUCCUCGUCAUCCUCGUCGCGUUGUUCCGAGAGCUGUUCGGACUGCCCGUCUCGACGACAGCGGCGGCGCCGCCUGGCACCUCGCCCUCAGCCAGCCAAGGACGAACGUCCGUCUUCGGCCACUGCCAGCCCCCGCAGCUCCAGCCCCGGCGGCAGCAGCGCCAGCCUCAGCAGCGACACCCAAGACCCCGUGUCUGCCUCUCCGCCUCCCAUGGAUGACAAAGAGGAGGAGGAGGAGCUCCAAGUGAUUGACGCGGAGGUGGCGCUGAAGGCGUGCCAUGAAGUCCUGCUGAAGGUCCAAAUGCAGCAGCAAGACGGAGCCAUCCGAGAGGAGGACGAGGAGCGGUGGACAGAAGCACGUGUCCUAUCGCCGGCCUCUGAUCGCUCCUCGUGGCUACUGCGCCUGUUCCAGUCCAAGCUGUUUGACGCAUCCAUGGCGGUGGCCUACCUGUUCAAGUCCAAGGAGCCCGGAGUGCAGGCCUACAUAGGGAACCGUCUCUUCGGCUUUCCGCCCGCCGAUGUGGACUUUUACCUGCCUCAGCUUCUCAGCAUGUACGUGCACAUGGACGGCGAGGUGGGCGACGCCAUCCGGCCUUAUCUGGUGCACCGCUGCGGGAGCAGCAUCGUCUUCUCGCUACUGUGCGCGUGGCUGCUGGGUGCCUACUCGUCCGACAUGCACAUCUCGGCCCAGCGACAUUCGCGAGGAGCCAAACUUCGCAAACUCAUUCUGUCCGACCAGCUGCGGCCCCCCAAUGCCAACGCCGCCACCCCACCGCCGAUGACCUCGCCAAGCGCGUCGCCCUCCCAGAGGUGCCACCAGAGGUCCAAGUCGGAGGCCAACAUCGCCGCCGCACCUGGCGGGCCCGGCGGUGCCUUGCGCAGGACAGGAAGUAACCCGAAAGUGGAAACGCACCAACAGGAGCCGGAGCGUCUGCGUCCUCAGCGGGAGCUGGUCAAGUCUCUGCUGGCGAUCGGUCGCCGGCUGGCAUCGCUGCACAGCAAAGAGCAGAAGACGCAGCGUUUGAUCUCGGAAUUGUCGCUGCUGAACCACAAACUUCCCGCCAGAGUUUGGCUGCCCACUGCCGACUUCCACCACCACCUGGUCAGGAUUCCUCACACGCAGGCCGCCGUGCUCAAUUCCAAAGACAAGGCUCCGUACAUCAUCUACGUGGAGGUGCUGGAAUGCGAAAACUUCGAGACAUCGGCCGUCCCCGCCCGCAUUCCCGAGACUCGGAUCCGCUCGGCCCGCUCCGCCGACAACCUGGACUGCAACACCACGGACGCCUCGAUCACCGUCCCCGGUGGACACCUCUCCAGCGUGCAAAACGACGACGACGCCUGGGCCAUUGACGACAUCGGACAGCUGCAAGUGGAGGUUCAGACAAGCAGCAGUGACAACCUGAGUCAGUUUUCGCUGGACAGCCUGACCAGCGUGGAGAGCAGGGAGGUGUUUGUCGCCGCCGGAGACAUCAGACGCCGCCUGUCGGAGAACCUGGCGCACAUGUCCACUUCCUUCAGGAAGGACCCCGAGGACCCUUCGGCUGUCGCCCUCAAAGAACCCUGGGAGGAGAAAGUCAGGCGUAUCCAGGAGACGUCUCCUUACGGCCAUCUGCACGGCUGGCGUCUCCUUCCUGUCAUCGUCAAGUGCGGAGACGACUUGAGACAAGAGCUUUUGGCUUAUCAGGUGCUCACGCAACUCCAGGCCAUCUGGCAUCAGGAGCGACUUCCCCUGUGGAUCAAACCCUACAAGAUCCUGGUGAUGUCAUCAGACAGCGGCAUGAUCGAACCGGUCCUCAAUGCCGUGUCCCUGCAUCAGGUGCACAAGCAGAGUCAGCUGUCACUACUAGACUACUUCCUCCAGGAACACGGCAGCUUCACCACCGAACAAUUCCUCAGCGCUCAGAGGAAUUUUGUGCAGAGCUGCGCCGGCUACAGCCUCGUCUGUUACCUCCUGCAAGUCAAAGACAGACACAACGGUAACAUUCUGCUGGACUCAGAAGGUCACAUCAUUCACAUCGACUUCGGCUUCAUCUUGUCCAGUUCUCCACGCAAUCUCGGCUUUGAGACGUCUGCCUUCAAGAUGACCGCCGAUUUCGUGGAGGUGAUGGGCGGUCUGGAAGGCGACAUGUUCGUCUACUAUAAGAUGCUGAUGCUGCAAGGGAUGAUCGCUGCCAGGAAGCAUAUGGACAAGGUGCUGCACAUCGUGGAGAUCAUGCAGCAAGGUUUGCCCCUGGCGUGCUUCCAGGGCUCAGGGACCAUCCGAGGCCUGAAGGAGCGUUUCCAUAUGAGCCUGACAGAGGAGCAGUUGCAGCUGCUGGUGGAGCGGCUGGUGAACGGCUCCGUGCGCUCCAUCACCACCAAACUCUAUGACUCCUACCAGUACGUCACCAACGGUAUCAUGUGACCCAACGACCUUCCUCUGGUGGAGACGGACAUUCCGGGACUGCCCAGCUCAAACGUUUGGCUUCUUCUGCCUCUUCUUAUUCUUCAUCCUUCCUCUUGGACUUGUGCUGCUGUCCAUUAUUAUGCUUCUUAAUGUUGUCUAUACAGUAAAACUCCUCUACAAAGAAAUCAUAUUUGCAGCAAGAAAUUAUUCACAACGGGGUUUUUCACUGUAGCAAGUUUGAUCUCAGAUGUAAACACACACCUAAACGUAUGUGUUCUCUUUACUUUUAUUCCAAGAGUGCAUAAGUAUGAGCAGAAACUUAUUUGACACUUCAUAUAGUCAGUGUAGAAAGAAAAAAAGGAAAGAAAUUGCGAAAUUUUCAAUCAUUUUGCUUCCUCCGUCUUUGAUUUUGGUCACUUUUACCCUCUCUUCCAGCGUCAGAGCUCUUGUCUUAGCUGCUCGACAUCCAAAGGUCCGUUUUGUAGCCAUUUUAGCAAUGCGACGUUCUUGCUGCGUCUGAAACUAACAAUAACAAAUACUUCCUGGACUACUGCGCAUGUGUACACCAGUGUGGUGGUUGCUAUUGCCGUAUCCGAACAAAGCAGUAGAGGUCGAUGUUGGAAUAGACUUCGUUGUAGUGAAUCUCGUCGCGAGGCAAGAGCAGAAGAAACUUUUUUUUUCGGUGUAUGGGGGUAGGAAAGUGGGAAUGGUGUUUAUGCAUGAAUAUUUUUUCACACAGGGGGUAUUUUCGCCCAUGUAGGUUUCAUUUUAGAGGAGUUUCACUGUAUCUUGAUUGUUUUUCCUUCCGCUGCUGCCUCCUAAUUUUUGCGGGGGUUUUGCUUCUGCUUCCUUGAGCUGCUUCAUUUUGUUCCUCCGCCUCCCGGCUGCCACUUCUUCUAAAGCACAUGACAAGACGUCUCCACGCGACGCAACUUUUCUGUUGCGUCGUCGCCACAACACUACAGCCGUAACGUCUGCACGAGUGUAGCUUGUUAGCAUUUAUUCCAACCAUGCGCACGCAAUACACGCCGAAUGUUUUGUCUGUGUCCUUCCAGUCUGAAAAGUUCACGUCGGCAUCUCAUAGUUGUGACGGGAAUGUGAACAUCGGCGUGAGCUUUGAAACCAGGUUUUUGUUUACAUGGUGAACGAAGGUCCGUUUGUAAUUUCACACUGACUAACAUUUAAAUGGGGCGUUUUGGUUUGAAAGUAACUUUUUGUCGUUUACUGUUCACGGAAGCUAAUUUGGUUUCCUGAAGAACAGAUGCACUCCAUUUACGCGACACAACUCCUUGUCGCUGUUGUGAUUGACCAACACUACAUUCCUUUGAUUGGCUCCAAGAGGUGCGUUUACAAUGCGGUUGUACGACUGUUGAAGGAGGACCUGAUUGAAGACGCUUUGUGUGAAACCACACCUUUGUACUAUUGCCAAUGACAGAGCUAGCCUACCUUAAUGGUAGCCAACUACAAACAUAAUUCUAAAUUCUAAUACUAAAAUGUACAGUCUGUAUUUAUAUUUACUGCCGGGCUGUCAAAUUGUACUAACCACUUAACUAUUUUUUUAAGUAAUAAAAACUAUGAAUUGGACUAAAGUACUGUAACUGGUUUGAUUUAUAGCGGAUCACUUGAUCAAUAGCUUUUUUUUUCUCUUCCUAUUAACGACAAAAGAGACAAAGCACACCACUAGAAGCUUUUGGCAUAUCUAUUAGCAGCUAGCUAGCUGAAAAACUUUUUGUUCUUGCCCAGAAAGAAGCCAUGAUGACACAAAACUAUUGUUGCCUUUUUUUUCCUUCUUUCAAAUGUGCAAAUACAAAAAAGUGAAGUUUGAAUGUCAAAGAGUGCUUUUAACAUUUUUAAAUUCUUGUACUAAAAGUGCAACAAUGACUCAACAGCUAUUUUGCUAACUGAUUGACAUCCUACAAUUGGCCAAAUCAUUUGAUUUUGGAAAACAAAGAUCAGCAAUUUUGCCUAUUUUCUGACUGAUGUUUAUAUAAAGACCAAAAUGAGAACGUA